GAGAGACAGAGCGAGCAGUAUAGAGCUCAGCAAGCAGGCGCUGCGUGACUCUCAACUUUCCCAGGAAGGAAGAGCAGAAGAAACUUCGCGGUCUGUUUGCAGCCCGUGAUGCUCCUCUGAUCAGGAGUGUCUGGAUGCAGGAGAAGACGGACAAAGGACCAGAGAGAGCCCUGCGAGGGAGGCGGAUGCUGUAGGUUGUCGCUAUGGAUAGGAGGGAGCGGUGCUGCAAUUUAGCAGUUUGCUAGCAGCCGGAGCGGUUUCCCAGCACAGCUGAAAGAGCAGAUGCUCCUGCUGGCAGAAUCCCAGUAUGGAAGCAAUGCUGGAUACUGAGCCUCAGCUUCUCUCUCCCUGCCCUUCCAACGGCACUUCUGGGCCAGGCACCCAUGGGGGCUUCUGAUCUGUGAACCUUCAGCAUCCUGCAAAACUGAGGAGGUGGGCUGCACAUCCCAUCUGGACCUAUCAGGCCAUCCACCCCCCUCGAUGACUGUGGCCACCAUGGGUAGCCAUGAGGGCUACACGAUCCAAGCCACCGCUGCCAUCGCUGCAGUCAUUACCUUCCUCAUUCUCUUUACCAUCUUCGGCAACAUCCUGGUGAUCAUCGCCGUGCUGACCAGCAGGUCUCUGAGAGCCCCACAGAACCUCUUCCUGGUAUCUCUGGCAGCUGCGGACAUACUGGUGGCAACCCUCAUUAUUCCCUUCUCUCUCGCCAAUGAACUGAUGGGCUAUUGGUACUUCAGCAGGACCUGGUGCAAGGCCUAUCUGGCACUGGAUGUCCUCUUCUGCACUGCCUCCAUCGUACAUCUCUGUGCCAUCAGUCUGGACCGCUACUGGUCCGUCAGCCGGGCAAUUGAGUACAAUUCCAAGAGGACUCCAAGGAGAAUCAAGUGCACCAUUCUUGUUGUGUGGUUGAUUGCUGCUGUCAUCUCUCUGCCUCCACUGGUCGUCAACGAAAACCCAAACAAUGCAAAAGAAGAAGAAAGGAAGUGUGAACUGAAUGAGGAGCCAUGGUAUAUAAUUUCCUCCAGCACCUGCUCCUUUUUUGCCCCCUGUGUCAUUAUGAUCUUGGUGUAUCUCAGGAUCUACUUCAUAGCUAAACGUCGAAGCAGGCAGGGGCCUAGAGCAAAGAAGACUAAGGUAAAAGUGGAUGAAGGGCUUCCUCAGAUUGUCACUGGCCCAUCCAAUGAAACAUCUCCCAAACAGAACCAGAACCAAACAGAAAGGGAACUCAAUGGGCAUCAGUUACCUAUCCAAGAAGGGGACCAACUAGACAGCCAUAUUCCCUCCCUAAGAAGGAUUUCUCUCGUGAGCCAGGAGGGAAAACCCCUCCAGUCAGCAACUGCCCCCAGCCCUUCUGAGCCCCAGUUAGAGAAGAAACCAUCUUCAGGAUCCAGUCCAUUGGAGGGCUCUCCUCAUAACAGCCUGAAGCAGAGUAAUGGUACGCCACAAAGCUCACCGAAGGGUAUGGACACAUUGGCCACGGCCAAAGGCGAGGUUGUGCUGGUGAGGAGGGCUCUCAGCGCCAACCCUUGGAAGAAGAAGACACACCUGAACAGAGAGAAGAGGUUUACUUUUGUUCUUGCUGUGGUGAUUGGGGUCUUUGUCAUUUGUUGGUUCCCUUUUUUCUUCCUUUACAGCCUCAGGGCCAUCUGCCCCGUGAAGCAUUGUCAAAUCCCAGACAGCACGUUCACGUUUUUCUUCUGGAUUGGCUACUGUAAUAGCUCCUUGAACCCUGUCAUAUACACCAUCUUCAACCAGGACUUUCGAAAGGCAUUCCGGAAGAUUCUUUGUAGGCAGUGGACUCAGACUGCCUGGUGAGAUUUUGAGAUAGAAAGUGACUGAGAACAAUUAGGAGAGCUUGAAAGAACUUAUCAUGCUAUUUAAACAAACUUACCUGUUUAUUUGUUGGCUUUUGUGUUUGCAAAAAAAAGGGCAGUGAGGUGAGUGUUUCCAGAAUGUUCAUUUUGGUUCAGUUUUAAUAUAUGAUUUUUUUUUCUGUCAAAAGACACCCCCCUCCCCCCCAAAAAAAGACUGUGUGCCAAUGACAAAAACUUUCUAGGUUAUUUGAUUAAUCAAAUUGAUUUUUUUCCUUUCAAAUCUUGUGGCACAAGGUGAGUGUGACCUAGGGUGCCACCUUUGCCGGUAGCCCAGCCCCUGUGCCUUAGCAGUAGCAUGAUAUACAGAUGCUAGCAAAGGGAAAUAUAUUCUUCAUGCCAUGGCAAAAGUGUCACAUGCUGAUUCUUGAAUAUCAAGCUGCAGUUUAAAGGUACAAGAGCUGGGAAGACUGUUUUUCUCUGGACAGGUGGCAUUCCUCAUGUGAACUGCCAUCCAGGAAAGUCACCCCCUGAAAAUCUGUCUGAGCUCAGGCCUAAAGCCAAGCCAUUGGGGAAUACCUUGACAUCUAUCAGCGGGAAGCAAGCCAAGUGUCUAUUUCUCUCACUGCUUGGGAGCCUGGGACUAAAAAUUCUUGGUGUAGGUUUUGUACUAGGAUUGCCAUUUGGACUGGUGGUCGGGGUGGGGGGUGGGGAGCCUGGCCUGUUUUUGUCUUUUAAAAGCAGCCUGAUCAACUGCAACCAAAAGGUGAAGCUUCCCAGGGUAAAUUGCUAUCCCCAGCUAACUGCAGACACAUGAAACUGCUGCUAGAUUCACAGGGGCUGGCACAAAUUCUUUUCCACUCCACUCCAUCCAGAUUGCUGGGGGGUUUCCAAAAGGAGAUGUUUGGCUAGUGUUAAACUUUUGCUGUUGUGCACAUCUUGUCCAAAUAUUGGCAACUUUUAAAAAUGUGCUAUGGUUGUGACUUCUUUUUAAAAGAAAAAAAACUAGCCCUUCUCUUGUGCCUUUAAGUUGACCACAAGAAGCUUGUCCUACCAGUUUAUUUCCAUUCUAGGACAUGCUUCAGCUGCUCAAUGUGGCUGUAGGCAGGUUGCUGUUAAAGGUAAGGAACAGAUCUGGCCAAAAGAGAGCACCUCUCUGAUAGCAACUCUUUAUUUCUAUUGUGGCCCUUUCUUUGCUUCUGGAGCUUUAGGUUGGAUCCAUAAUCUGGCAAGAAGCCCAAGUGUCUUGUUAAGAGUUACAUAGAAUUUUUAAUUACAAAGGAAAAGAUCUGGGUGCUCUUGUGGCAACUGGCUAUUCAAGGCUGCCAACUGACUAGGAGAAAGCUUAAUCUCAUGUCUUGGGCAUGACCUGUAAAAAUCAGAAAGUUAACGUUUUUACCAGCAUAGCACGAAUCAUGAUCUCCUGCUGAGUUCUGCAUGUUAAAGCUAUUGUUACAUUCAACUUAAGGGGCUGGUGGAAAAGUCAGCUACCUUACCAUUAUUUACAAGAAGAGCCAUGUGGCUUAGAGGGUUUGUUUUGUAUGGAGUGGCCUGGGUGUGGGGAACAGGUCAGGUGAAAGAGGGAAUGGGAGGAGGCAGGGUGGGUGGGGUGUAGGGUUGCCAGCUAACCUGGAGAGAAAAUAUCCUUCCACUUUAACAGAAUCUUAGUGGGAUGUAAUUUACUAAGUGAUGUUUUUUACCUCUGUGCCACAAAAAGCUUCAUCUGCCUGUUUCUAUAGAACAAGACUCUCUUCAUGGGACGAGACACUUUUCCUCCAGAUUAUUGGCAAUGACUAGGAGGGCAAUGGUUAGCAGUCCCAUUUUAAUUUUUGGUUCAGAGAAACUGGACUUUGUGCUUUCUUUGGGUUCUGAAGGGUGCCUAGGUUUUAAGGAAAAGUGAGCAGUGUAUAAAUUUGGAUGUGCCUGCCCUCUGACUUUGAAGCCUUUUCUUUCUUUAAUCUUGGCAUUUUCCCCCUAGCUGGGUUCCUCUGAAUUUCAACAGGUAGAGAUUUCCAUAACAUGGGGAUGCAGAGGUGCAUUCCCAGAAAAUCAGAUAUUUCCUCUAGGGCUGUCCAUUUUGUUUUUACUGACCCUGUUCUAGUGCCUCUAAGAGCACAACAUUUAAGUCGAUAAAAGGUUAUUCUGAUAUGAAGGCAAAACAGGGAGGAAAACUUUGCCUCUUAUAUGCCAGUCUAUGGUUAAAGGAGAGCAACAGCUCUCAUAAAAAGAGGCAGCAAUCUUACCUGUGUGUUCUAAAUAUAGAGUUACCGAUUUUUCUUCCAACAGUACUUCCAUGUCUUUAACAGCUGUGGGGUAGGCAGAAGUUCAGCAGGCAAAGCUUUCUCUGUUGCUGCAGGCCAAAAGAAAUUUUACCUGCAGACUUUCUGCUUAUUCAAGGCAUUAUUUGGGCAAGUAUAGUAAGAAAAGAUCACUGGAUUUGUGAGCAGACUCAUUCUUUGUGGAGAACAUUCCCCCCCCCCCCCUUUGAACCGGUGAUUGGAAAUCGCAAAGAAAAAAUAGAAACUUUGGGAAGUAGGAUAGUUUUUCGUCCAUCCUACUUUUUCGUUCUGUGUCUCUUUGGGGAAAACUUCUUCAAAGGCUUCCUCUCCCCCUGAUCACCGGAAGACAUUAAUUUGCUCACAGCUUCUCUCCAAAGCAUGUCCUGCUUUUGAAUCCACACUCCUUAGCUUUCAUGAUCUAUCUCCAUACCCCAGUCCCACCCCCGAAUCUCAAGACCAAGCUUGGAUCUUGCAAGUUUUUCACAAACAUCCUCUUUAUUUUCCCCUCCAGAAAUUUAGUUCUAUACAUUUUGCAUCCCUAAUGGAAACAAGAUUCAUGAAAUGGGUGUUGUUCUGAACACUAGGGAGGUGUUCUUUGAAUUGCAUGUGGGAAGCAGCUCUGCAGUUAGAUAAAAAGCACGAUUAAACUGGUGGCUUUUCAAACAGCUCUAGAACAAAUGGGGGACUUCUCAAAUAAUUUUUGGGAUCCCUCAGUGAGAAGAAGCUCAUCAAUGAGCCACCAGCUUCUCUGGAAAACAGCUACCCUGCCAUUACUGAUUUCUUCCCUGUAGUACACAGCUGGGUUCUAUAGUGUGUUUCAGUAUCCAUAGGCCCUUUAAAGACCAACCACCCUGCCUCAGAAUAUGAAUUGUAGAACCUUAGAACAUAGCCCCGAAAACUCUGGGACACAGGUGGUUCCAUGUUAGAUGUGCAGGGAUUCUUCAGCUGAAAAAAAUAAUGAGGAAAAGAUCCCCUGAGGGUACAAAAUGUGAAAAUCACUAUCUUGAACGAUACAUCCAAUUUCUAUUUCCACUGUUAGACAGGGCUGGCCCUGUUGCCCAGGUAACCCCAGGGGUUGCUUCAGGCAAUAGUGUUCAGGAGUGCAAAUGAAGCAGGGAGAAGCCUGAGAGGAAUAUCUCGGGAUACUUUGCAGAGACGCUGACUGGGGCACAAGACAGGCAGGCUCCAAAUGUUGCAUCCAGCAUCUUUUGCAGCAUAAUGAGUUCUUGGGAUACCCCUGUUGGAUUGCAGCUGCAUGGGUAGAAAUGUGGGGUUCUUUUUUUUAGCAAGGUAUUGUGCCUUCAACCACUGCAUAGCAAACACAUUUGGCAGGACAAGGUUUUUUUCCUACCAUCACUACAGUCCAGGGGGAAAUCACCUUUGUGCCAGCUUGGGAGUUUCCCAGAGGCAUCUGGAAAACAUGAUGCUAGAUGGGAUGGACUUGUGAACUGCCCCAGCAUAGUCCUUUUUCAAAUCAUUCGGUCAAAUCUAUUCAGAAUCUGCACAAAGAAGGGGAGAGGGAGAGAAGUAGCAAGCAAUUGAUCAUAGUGUGUUCCUCAAUAACUGCUUUUGACAGAGGGCCCUUUAAAGGGAGGAGUGGGAUUCUAGCUCUGUAUUCCCUGACCCCACCCCCCACCUGGCUAUUAGUGCCAGCCCUCUGGAAUCACCUUUUCCUCUAGCUGGUGAUUUAAGGAUCAGACAGCAGCAAACCUUUAAUGGCCCCAGAUCUGGCUGCUAAACUGUUAUCAAAGAUGAUUUGAAAUGGUGGCCGUAACCUUGAUCUUGAAUGAAAUUGCAACUGGACUAAGAAUGAGAUGGUUCAUCAAGAAAGAGCAACUGUUGGAGCUGCCAGGAACUCUGGAUUUGUUUUAUUUCCCUUCUUUUGUUUUCCCAUACCUGCUAAAUCUGUGCUCUAUAACAGAUCAUAUCACUGUAAACAGCAGGGAAGUAAUUUCCGUUCUGGGAUCCCUAUCAUGCUCAUGGCAAAAUCGGAAACUCUGCGGUGGCUGCCACAAAUGAUGAUAUACUGCGGGCUCUGGAUCUGAUGGUGGCAUCAGGCUAUUCCAAAUCCAUAAAAUGUGAUGUGUUUUAUAAAGCAACAUUCUGUGUCUAAUACUGGAUGUUUGUGUACAAGGUGUUUUCUCUAUCUAAGGGCUAGAUGAUGCAAGCAAAGCUGUUCAGACUACCUGCCAAGAUUGUCAAAAUCCUGCAGUGAAGAAGACUCAACUUGAGAGCAAGCAGCACAGUCUUAUUUUGUGCAAACUUUUCUUGACUACCCUAGAAUGAUUUACUCGGGAAGUGUCUCUAAUGUACCAGCUUUCUGUUAAUAAGACUAGAGGUUACAAGCUCUCCAACCACUCCUGUAGCCAUGCCUUUUCCCAUCAAUUUGAUUCAACAGGAAUUAUCAAGGGUAGCUUUUGGGGGCAUGGAGGGUAAUGUUAUCAAACUGCUAACCAUUGCCUGUUAAGCAGCUGUAAAAGGCACAGCAACAGAGGUGGACUGAAAGGCUAGCAACACAAAAUGAGACCAGGAGUCAGAACCAGAAUGUGAAGUAGUAGUGAAGCCUGCUGGUUUAGGUUGCUAAAAGAAUGUUAGACAAAUAACUGGAGGAGACACCCGUCGAUUCCUGAUAGUAAAGUAGAAGUUCCAUGAAUGUAGGUGCUAUGCUAGAUGUUAGAGGAGGGCUGUCGACUUCAUGCCCUGUUGUGGACUCUCCAGAAAUUAGCAUUAGGAUGCUGAAUUAGAAGGGCCCUCCUUGGUCUGAUCCAUGAAGGCUUUUUUUUUUUUUACAUUCUAUGCCUGUUGGCCAGAGCUAGUGCCUGAGAGGUCCUUGCUCCCCCAUUGCCUAAUGAAAUUAUGGUAUCACAACCUGCCAACAAACCACACUGGCCAUGGCCCUCUACCUCGGACUCCAUUACUAAACCUGGCCUUAAAGAAAAUGAGUUGCCAAUCAGAGUCCAAGGCUUUUCUGCUGGGGAGCUUGCAAAAAAGGUGCUCCGAAUUUGCAUGUUUUACUUUGUACAUAGCCUGCAAGCCGAUUUAUAAUUUGGAGUUCUUUUGAGGCAACCACAGGGCAGGUUGGGUGGAGGUUGCAACAGAAGUGAGGUUUGCCAGUUUCUACUACAGAGAUCACUUUUGACACUUGUAUACACAGCAGGGCGGGUUGUGACCAUCGCAAGGAGCUGAUGUAACAGUAAAGAACUCUGUAGCUGCCCUGCUGGGGAUUGGGAAGGACAAAGCACAAAAGGCCUGGGAGAGAAAGGGGCUGUCUCAUCUUCUGUUUGAUCAGAGAUUCUUUUAUUAAAAAAGCACGUAAUCUCCAGGUUAACAACCUGCAACCCUAGUUGUGAGCCAAAAACUGAAGUUCCACUUGUUUUAACAGACUUGGAAAGGGUGAGCAAUGAGACCCAAGAAAGAAUAAACAGGAGACAUAAUGGCCACAGCUUCUCCUCCUGUGAACUCAUUGCUUUGUUAAAAGGAUAAACACACAACCUCUGGGUUGCACCUUGGCAACCCUGAUGGGGACCAAACUGUACCAGUCAUGCAGUGCUCACAGUUGUCUUGUUGAUCAGAACAAACUGCUCUAGGAAAUAUUUCACUGUCAUUUUAAAGAGAGAUUUCCAGGCGGCCUCCGAAAUGGUCCGAUUUCUGGAAAGGAGAGCCAACAUGAACCACUGGGUCAGCCUCUGCCCAUGUCUUAAGGUGGUGCGUACUCAAUGAAUGUGAUCUCCUGCUCUCCCACAAGCCACCUUGUAUAUAAUGAAUGGUGUUUACUUUAAAAAAGAAAUCUAAGAAGCUAUUUUAACAAAUAAAAGUUAUUUUUAAUAAA